UGUUCCUUGUUUCUGUUCCUGCUUUUAUUAAUAACAAUGAGCAUGCAGUACGUUUUAAAACGGCGCCUUUCUUCCGUUUGAAGGCUUCCAGCAGCAGGUGUAGAUGAUCCACUCGAGCACGUCCACGUCAGUGGAAGCCAUCCAGCCAGCCGUGAACUCGGAAGUGGCUAGCAGGCUUAGCCAGCGAAGGAUCAUGAGCAGCUGAGAAUCUGCGUGUUUCCACAGAAGGGCAGGAUGGGCAGGCAGAGGAAGAGGGUGGUGACAGGUGACGCUCCUCCAUACUCAAGGAGAGACGAGAGGCCCUCUGCACUUAAUCGCAAAGAGAAAAAAAAGAAAACAGACAUUGGGAAAUUGUUCAUCAAUAUCUCCAUUGGGCUCUGCAUAUUCAGCCUCAUCUGGUUCUUCUAUGCCGUCUACAUGGGGUCCAGUCUGUCGAAGCGUGUAGUGACUCUGCAUUCAUCGCCUCGCGUUCUUGAUGCCAAUAGCACCACUGCAAAGGUUUCCUCAGAGAGGUUCUGGGGCUCAUACAGGCCUCAGGUCUACUUUGGCAUGAAAACAAGAAGCCCCUGGUCCGUUGUGACAGGGAUGAUGUGGAUGCGGCAGUUUUCCAACUCAGACAUGAACCUCAGGCAUACUUGUGAACAGGGUGAUCGUUUGCAAGGCUACGGCUGGCUCAUGCACGACGGACUGACGUUUGGCGUUCAGGAAAUUCGAGAUAACGACUUCACCCUAACCACUGAGUUUGUUAAGAGGUUUGGUGGAGAUCAUGGAGGAGACUGGACCUGGAGGAUCACAGCCAAACAGCAUAGCUCAGCUCCCCAGCCUCCAGUUAUAUCCCUGAUGUUUUACGCGGCAGCAGACACACAGGGCUCGCUGCAGACUCACAUGGAGGAGAAGAAUCGCCUCGCUUCCAUCACUGGCUUUUCAGAGGAACUGGGAAACUUUAAGAUCACUUUUAGGAAGCCUGUUACUGGGGAAUUAUCCAGCACGAAAUAUGCCAGUUACAACUAUCUUCAGACCUUGUCUCCUGGUUUGGAGAAGCUGACUGACAUUGUGAAGCUCAGUCUGAACCGCAGGUUCGUCUUCAGCCCUCCAUCUGGUGAGAAGAGGCAUUACAUAGGUGUGGACACCUACAAACCGCCCCAUCACCAGAACCAGCAGAAAACUGCUGACCCACGGAAAGAAAGCGACUUCGUGGUCCACCAGGUGACCGUUCAGACGCCUUUCCAGAUUGAAGUUCUGUUUGAGUCUGGAAGUUUCUACAAUCGCCCCAACCAACUCGUCGGUUCUAUUAUGACUCAGGAGCUAGAAAGGAGGAAAGCUGAGUUUAAUGCGAAGUUUGAGAAAAUAUUUGCACUGGAGAGCAAAGGUUUUAGCCAGACACAAAUUAAAUUUGCCAAAGCAGCGCUCAGCAACAUGUUGGGUGGAAUGGGAUAUUUUUAUGGCGAGUCAGUGGUGCAGUCAGUCUACAACGAAUACCCUCUCCUGUACCCCGGAGGUGCUUUAUUCACUGCUGUACCGUCACGCUCUUUCUUCCCCAGAGGCUUCCUCUGGGAUGAGGGAUUUCACCAGCUGCUGCUGAGUAGGUGGGAUCCUCAUCUGACCAGAGAGGUGAUAGGCCACUGGUUUGACCUAAUGAACAUUGAAGGCUGGAUCCCCCGUGAGCAGAUUCUUGGAGACGAGGCUCGCAGUAAAGUCCCAGCUGAAUUUAUUGUUCAGCGGAACGAAAAUGCGAACCCACCUACCCUCUUCUUAGCUCUGCAGGAACUAAUUGAACAGCUCUCUUCAAAGUCAGAUGAGGCAGCAACGAGACCGACCCUUCCUUUCCUUCGAAGGCUGUUCCCCAGGCUGAAGACCUGGUUUGAGUGGUACAACACCACACAGACGGGACCAAAGCCCAACUCAUACCGCUGGCGUGGACGAGACAAGGACACUAACCUGUACCUUAAUCCUAAAACUUUAACCUCUGGACUGGAUGAUUACCCAAGGGCCUCUCAUCCCUCUGGAGACGAGCGACAUGUGGAUUUGCACUGUUGGAUGGCCUUGUCCUCAGGCAUCAUGGCCAGCAUAGCUCAACUUCUAGGCGAGCCCCAUCAGGACUAUAAAGUCCUACACGAUGUGCUCAGAGACAACAACCUGCUCAAUGACCUUCACUGGUCAGAGCAACUCCGUGCCUUCAGUGACUAUGGCAACCACACACAAAACGUCUCCUUGCAGCGGGAGAAGGUGUACGUACCGCCUGGACAGCCCCGCCAUCAGUUUCCCGUGGCACGUCUCGUACGCUCCGUCCGCAGGGCCCCUAAGCUGCAGUACGUCAACGCUUUCGGUUAUGUCAGCUUGUUCCCCUUCUUGCUCCAAAUCCUCCAGCCCGACUCGCCAAAACUGGAACACAUCCUCCGAGACAUGAGAGACCCCACUAAGCUGUGGACGCCCUUUGGCCUGCGCUCUCUCUCGAAGACUGAUCCACUGUAUAUGGAGCGAAACACGGAACAUGAUCCCCCCUACUGGAGGGGACCAGUUUGGAUCAACAUCAACUACCUGGCAGUCAGAGCUCUCUACCACUACGGCAACACAGAAGGGCCAUACCAAGAGAAGGCAGCUGAUCUUUAUAAGGAACUCAGGACUAAUAUUAUAAACAAUGUUUAUGCACAGUUUGUUGAAACAGGGUAUAUUUGGGAACAGUACAAUGAUGGAACUGGCAGAGGCCAAGGAAGCCACCCCUUCACUGGCUGGUCAUCCUUGACAGUAUUAAUGAUGGCUGAGCAUUUCUGAUGUCCUCUGAUCCAUCUCUUUGUUGCUUUAAUUCAGGCAGCAUCGACUGUUAAGAUGUAAAAAAUGUAGGCUGUUUGACUAUGGCGAGAGAAAUGAGAAGAGAAAUUACUUCUGUCAUUAUCACAUUUUUGUAUGAACCCUUUAAUGAAAAUGACAGAUGUAUAUAUUUCCACCACUGGAAAACAUUUAAACAGGUGUUGGGUGCAGCUCUUGUUGCUGAUUUCCUUUUUGGACAUGCAGCAUAGCCUAAAAUUAUUUUUAAAUUUUCAUAUAGAACAAUUUCCAUUCAACAAUGUUUGGUUCUGAUUUUAAUUUAGACAGACAACUCUCAAAUAAAAUGCAGAAUUGGCAAAUGGAAAAGAAAAAAAAAUUGCAUUGAAUAAAAAAGUAUUUUUUUAAUAUAUGCCCUCUUCAGUUUUUUUUUCUUCAAACUGCUGAUCAGCUUUUUGCAUAUUUCCUCUUAUCUUUGGUGAUGAUCUCCGGGUCUUUCAUGCCGUUACCAUUACCUCAAUCUUUAUCUCCCUUUGCGUAUUUUGUAUCGGAUUUAAGUCGCAACCUUUUUAUUUUUACUGUAAAUCCUCUAAUAUUGUGCUUCCUUUGCACCUUUAAUAUUAAAACUCAUUUUUGGAAGAUGAGGACAGGUAUACAGAUGCCCCAUGAAUUAGAAUAUUAUUGAUAAAUAUAAUUUAAUUCAGUUAUUCAAUUUCAAAAAGUGAAACUCAUUUUAUUCUGAUUAUGCAUUAUUGAGAGAUGUACUUAAAUUGUUGUUAAUUUUGCUUCACAGCUGAUAAAAACCCACAAAUUCAAUUUCCCUGAGAACUAAAUUUCAGAAAACUAUUGCCAAAAAAUUUUAUAUGUCAACCUACUAAAAAGUAUGUUUAUAUGCUGAACAGUCUAUGCUCCCAAAUUUUGUUGGAGCUCCUUUUGCAGGAACUAUUUAAUCAGUGAGCGCCGUCAUGGAGGCAUGUGAAGGCAGCCCGGGUUGCUUCAAGAGUGACUUUAGAUUGUUGACAUUUUUGGGUGUGGGGACUCUUGAAACAGUGACUCCUGCAGCAUUGCGAAUCUCUUCUGAACUCAUGCUAAAGACUCCAGUCACCUGUGUUUUCUGCCACACUUUUUCCCUCCACUCAACUUUCCAAGAACAUGCCUGAGUACAGCAUUCUGUGAACAGCCAGGCAUUGACCUCUUGCGUCUUAGCCUCCUUGUGGAGAGUGUCAGUAACUGAGCAGCUAUCAGGUCAGGACCCUUCCUCAUAAUUGUGUAAGUCAUAACAUUGCCAUAGCAUAUAAUUUCUGUUUCAAGCAUUUUUCUUUCCUUUCUUUCAACAUUCAGAUUUUAUGAGAAAAUACAAAUUUCCCUCAGUGGUUAAAAACUGUUGAGCCAUAAUGAUAAAAAAAAAAAUAGAAAAUCUCUUUGUAGCUAUUAAGUUGUUGAAUUGGAGUUUUAAUUUUUGAAAUUGAUAUCUAAUUUGAGAUUUACCUGUUGUAAGAACAACACUUAAUCAAGCAAACAAAACAGGUCUCCCCAUAAUAUUGAUUGAAACCCCCCUGCAAAACUAAAAUGAAAAGGACACUAGAAGGUUAGUUCACCCCUAAUAUUAUAGAAACAGACAGACUUCAUUAACCUCUUUGAAUUUAAAGGGGUGUCCUGAAUUUAAAUUGGACAUUUAUUCUCUUUAUACUGGAAACGAGAACUGAAAUUGCAUCUGUCAUCACAUUUUCUCGCCGUCUGUCCAUCAACGUCUCUGUUUUGAGGAAUCGUAAGAUUUUCCAUACCAGAAGGGUCAGUAUUCUGGGUCUGCCACUGGGACCUGAGGAACCUUUUAAAAUAUUAACAUUCUUUUGUUUUUUUCACUGUUUACAAAAGAUUUUUUUCAAGUACAUCUCCGCUGUCUUUAUAUAACUACAUUUGUGAAAUCUUGACUAUCUGCAUUCACACUAUGUGCCACUUGAUUGUCGGAAAUGAAGACAGACAUCUGCAUUUGUUAAAUUGCAAGCCUAAUUGAUGAAAUCCAAGGACAGUUUUCAAUGGGCAGCUGGUUAAUUCAUGUGUUUGGGAAUUUUGAGUUGUACUUUCACUUGCCAAAAUCAGGUUUUUGAUAUAUAAUUGUGCCAUUUUCUCACAUGUAUUGCUCUUUUGAUUCAAUGUCUUAAAUAUCAGUUUUGAUAUUUGUUUGUUCUCACUUUCUGAAAAGAAUCAACGUUUAUAAAGUGACUGUUUCUAGUAGCAGACAUUUUGUGUACAUUGUGGUUUGUUUGGCAAGGGAAAACAGUGCUGACAUAUUGAUUUGUUUUGUCAAAAUAUUAAAUGGUUUAAGUAUU